UUGGUAUAAUGUAAACAUGGGAUGUUGACGUGUGACAGCAUCCCUAGAGUUUGGAUUCUGUAUCGCAACAGCAGUCUGUUAUUGUACGCUGCUGUUUGCGAUGUAACCACGCUUAGUGCUCGAAUAAUACUGUGAUGCUUGUGAAUACAAAGAAAAUAGUGUGGUACAAAAUGCGAGCAACUCUCAAGAAUAGGAUUUGCGAAGAUAAGAUAAUUCAUGAAGAGGUUGUGACAUAUCAGCAGAAUUAGGUCGUAUUGCUACUUUGUACAGCAUGUCAGUGCUUAUUGGGAGACAUUAUUAUCACUGAAUGACAUAAGUACAGAAGUAACAGGAGUAUUAGGGAUAUGGAUAUGAGCCAAGAAUUUUCAGAAAAUCUCAGCCACAAAACACAGAAUGUAGGCUGUGAAGUAACAACGAAAUCAGUAGACAGCGGAGAUACCUCAGUUAACCAUGGUUCAACAAAAAUGAGAUGGUCUCCAAGAUCUUGGCAAGAUGGUACUCGUAAAAGUGCUUUCCAGCCGUACAAGCCCACUACAGUGCUGACAAACUUGCAACGAGGGAACAUCCCGACUGAAACGCCAGUGACGGAACAAGUUGAUCUCGGUUUUCAUCACAGAGCAGGACUUGGAGAAAUAAAUGAAGCCGAUGUACGACAAGAAGCAGAUGUGGAUGCUGCAGAUACUAAUGGUCUAACAGCCCUGAUGUGGGCAAGUUCUUAUGGCCAAGUGCCAACUGUGCAGUUACUACUGCAGCAUGGAGCAAGUGUCAACAAGCAAGGGCCUGAGGGUGAGACAGCACUGCUGUUGGCAGCAGCUGGUGGACAUCAUGAUGUUGUGCGAAUCCUGCUGACAGAAGGAGCAUCUGUUAAUCAUGCUGAUGAUGUUGGAAAUACUGCCCUGAUAUAUGCAGCUCAUGGCGAUCAUCCUCAUUGCACAAAUGAACUUCUUAUAAGGGGUGCUGAUCUCACUAUCAUGAAUCUGAAUGACGAUACAGCAUAUGGAGUUGCAGUUUCUGAAGGCAGCAGGCUUGCACAGCAGGUGAUUGAAAACCAUAUAUUGACACUACUCAACUGAGUAGUCAUGCUGUUGGGCCAGUGGGAAGCAGUUUCUGUGGUUUUUUAGUACAAAUUAUGUGUACAAAGUACCUUAGUGUGUUGAAAGCAUAUUUUUGUGUUGUUUGAACUUUUAAUUCUGUAUAGUUUAAUUAUGUUGGCUAUCAUGUGAAGUAAUAUAUCUUUCUAGACGCCUGUAGAAGAUACAAUGAAAGUACCUGUAACUUUCCAUGAAACUGCUUGGAAAGCAAAGUUGUAAAAACAUAUUUAACUGUUGUUUUUCAAUAAAAUAUCAUUUAUAUCCUGUGA